GGUGCCAAAAGCGUGCCAGCCUCAGCUUCCCCUCUCACCCGUCCCUCCGUCGCUCCCUCCCACUGUUCCUCUAGCCUGCUGGGAGGCUGGCGGGGAGUCACCCAGUGCUCUCUGGCAACUUAUUCCGUCGUCCGCAAGUGGCUGUGUUGAUUUAAGUAAUUUAAGUGCUGACGGCGGUCGGCGUUACAAGUGCUGAUGGUACAUGUUGCAUUCUGUCCCGGUGCUUCUUGUGCUGGGGUGCAGGCGUGCUGUCUUAGUCGUACAUUAGUGUUAUGGUCGACUCCAAAAGAAAAGGAAAGAAGAAGCGACAACAGACAGGCCGAAGGGGAAGGAGGAGAAGGAGGAAACCGUGAAGGCACCGAGAAGCUUGAGCAACAACCCGGAAAACUCGCCACCACAACCACAUCAGAGAACGUGAGUGUCAGAACGUACAAGGAAACAGAACCGGAGGGAACCACGCCAGAGUUUGAAGAACGCGGCACUCGAGAAGGUGGAGGAGGGGAGAGGCCGAAAACGGAUGAUUCAGGAAGGAAAGGAGACUUACCAAAGGAACGUGAGGAGGAGGAGGAGGAGGAGAAGGGACGUGUUGAGGGAGAGGAAAAGGAGAUAAACAGUAGAGAGGCAUCCAGUGCAAAGACAGGACAACUGAAGACCGUCUACUGGGGAGUGACGCGAGGAGGAGAGCUACCCCCGUCUGUCAGUGCGUGUUUCGAAGUCUCGCCGUCCCUGCUGGCGAGGGUGCAGGAACGUCUGCUCUCCCUCCCGGGGCGCGCCAAUAGGUACUGCCUUCCCCCGAGCCUGCCCACGACCCCUGUCAUGCCUCUGGAGGUGUUACGCAGGAAGGUGAAGGAGGCGAGGCACAAACUCCUCCACCACUCCCGUUUGUCCUCUAAAGAUUCACACAAGGACAGCAAAUCAUCGGCCAGCGACUGCAGCAGUGUGAGUGAGUCCUCGGCACCGGUAACCUCGACUCCGAUAGUGAGCAUUCGAGGAACCGGAGGCUACAGGGAAGUGGAGGAGCCCCUACAGAAGUACUGGGGUGGUGAGGAGAGAAGCGGGACAGUAGAGGAAGAGAUAGAACUCCUGCAGCACCUGGCCAAGUCACGGAAACACUCGGCACAACUCAGAAGGAUUCGUGACUCGCUGCUCUUGCAAGUUCGAAGUCGCCCCAACUCCGUGGUGACGCCCCUCGAUCCCGCCCACCCCGCCCAGACUCCCAAGAACGACAUGCAACAGCUGAGGGACUUCCUGCUGGAUAUUGGCUUCGUCCAGGACUACUCCAUACUCAACAGGCAUGGGUAUGACUUGGCCACCGCCGCGCACAUGGACGCCCUGGACCUGGCUGGGGCGGGCGUCACAGAGCCCCUGCACAGGAUGGCGCUCAAACACGAACUUAACUUGGUUCAGCGGCCGCCACAGGUUCCCGAGGAGGUGCCUGAGACAGUGGAGCAGUGGCUAGAGGGACUCGCUCUGACGGAUUACGUGGACAACUUUCACCUCAACGGCAUUUAUUGUCCCCUGGCGGCAAUCAACCUGACCAAGCGCGACCUGCAGCUCAUGGGCGUGUACAUGCAGGGCCACAGGAAGAAAAUACUGUUGUCACUCGCGGCGCUGAAGGAAUCACUCUUCAGACGACAGUAAACAAAGGGAGAGGACUGAGCAGUGUGAAUGUAUGAGAUAGAGAGAUACAGAGGGAGUAAAUGAUCAAACUAAUUCGAUUACAUUUGUUAUAGAUAUCGUUUCAUUUCAUUAGUUUUAGAUGAGGUACAGUCGUGAUUAUUAGUUGAGUAGUUAGUUUUCUGCACUCACUUCCACUGUGUUUUGUGUUUUUGUCUCACUGUAAUGUCCUCUGCUCAACUAGCGACAACCUUAGAAUUUAAACUCUUACAAAAGAAAGGUUUCAAGACACUUCUCAUAUUUUUUUUUUUACAAUCCUUCUGAUUACAUUUUUAGGACUGGUACUUUCAUUGGGCCUAUUUUUUUUUUCAGCCUUUUUGAUGUCCUUGGUCAGAGCCCAUCAUUUAAAAAAAAAAAAAUCUGAUCACAUCUGAGAACCUAAGGUUGAGGGAAAAACGCUAAAACACAGAAAUGAACGCAGUAUGUUACUCUACUAAUGCCCAUGACUGUACACUAUUAUAUAAAUGUCAUUAGUCUUCUUACCAAUGGACCAAACAUUUCCUGACGCGACUGAAUAAAAAAAAAAGUUAAGAUUUUCAAAGGUGUACAUUAGUAAAGUUACAAUGUUGUGUAUAGGACGCUUGUUGUGAUAACGGCCACACAGGGCAGGUGAUAUUUAUUAAACUGUUACUAUUAAACCAUAGUUGACGAAAUGAUAACUUCUUUUCUUACUGUACAAUGCAGACAGAAGCUUCCUUAUGUACACUACAGAAGGAAAUUGCGGUUGGGUUGCGUGUGUCCCGAGGUUUCUGUACUCCUAUUAUCAAUUAUUCUUGGGAGGGCCAAUAGCAGAAGGAGGAGGAAGAGGAGGAGGAGGAGGAGGAGGAGGAGGAGAGGAGGAGGAGGAGGAGACGGAGGAGGAAACAGAUGGUGGAAGAGAAGGUUAUUCACAUGCAUGGAAGGUAAUCAGGAAAUUCUUACAGACUGGCACGAGAAGGACAGCGCAAGCCAUCUUAUUUAUGUACAAAGGUCACUUUCUCAGUAUGGAUACUUAGGAAAGACAACUCUCACUCAGGGUGGCGAGAAGGCGAGCUAGGGUGUGGCAGGGCGAGUUAGGGUGUUAGAAUCUUCCUUAACCAAACUAUAUUCUUCUAUAUACUCUCUUCAAAAUGUCUUAUUCACCAAUCUGUAUUUCUCUCUCUAUAUAUAUAUUCACUUCAGCAUAACCCCAUUUUAAUUUUCCUUUUUUUUUAGGGGGGAUGGGGAGAGGCAUAGUGAACGGUUUACAUUUUCUCUUGCUUUUUUUUUUCUUUUUGUCCUUGGUCAGGCUCCGUGACUCCUAUAAAUGAAUAAAUAAAAAGAUGUUCUGAUUCAAGCAGUGAUAAAAACUUACUGGGAAGAGAGGAAAUAGAAGAAAGAGGGAAGGUGAUACUGCAAGAAUACAGAAUGUUCAGUUCAGUUUUUAAACCCAAACACACACACACACACACACACACACACACACACACACACUUGUGGUGCCUGGGUAAUUAAGUAAUUCAGACCAGGAACAUGUGUGUAUAGAAAGCAUGUACGUUAGAUGAGUGUUUUUGCAAUUUAUGAUGUAUUGUACGCGUCUCUGAGCAGCUCCACUUGAUCCUGAAAAGUCAGUCAGUCCAUCACGUUCAACUUCAUCUCGGGAGAGGGGUGAACACACACACACACACACACACACACACACACACACACUCUCUCUCUCUCUCUCUCUCUCUCUCUCUCUCUCUCUCUCUCUCUCUCUCUCUCUCUCUCUCUCUCUCUC